CAGCAAUGCUUCAUGGCCACGGCAGGCCAGAACCUGUCCUUGCAGGGCCCGUUCAUCCUCCUGGGCUUCCCAGGCCCACCCAGCUUGCGUGCUGGGCUCUUCUUGCUCUUUCUAGUCAUGUAUGUGCUCACGGUGGCAGGGAAUCUGGCCAUCAUCUCCCUGGUCGGGGCACACCGGAGCCUCCAGACACCCAUGUACUUCUUCCUCUGCAAUCUCUCCUUCCUGGAAAUUUGGUUCACCACGGCCUGUGUGCCCAAGAGCCUGGCCACUUUCGCCUCCCAGGAGGGAGCCAUCUCUUUGGCUGGCUGCGCUGCUCAGAUGUACUUUGUCUUCUCCCUGGGCUGCACUGAGUACUUCCUGCUGGCUGCUAUGGCCUAUGACCGCUAUCUAGCCAUCUGUCUGCCACUGCGCUAUGGUGGCCUCAUGACACCUGCCCUGGCAGCACGGCUUGCUCUGGGCUCCUGGCUUUGUGGCUUCUCUGCCAUCACUGUACCCGCUGCCCUUAUCACACGCCUCUCCUUCUGUGGCUCUCGAGUCAUCAAUCACUUCUUCUGUGACAUUGCACCCUGGAUUGUGCUGUCCUGUACUGACACCCGGGUGGUGGAGCUGACAUCCUUUGGCAUUGCCUUCUGUGUCAUCCUGGGCUCCUGUGCUGUCACACUGGUCUCCUAUGUCUAUAUCAUUGUCACCAUUGUCAGGAUCCCUUCCACCCAGGGACGGCACCGUGCCUUUUCCACCUGUUCAUCCCACCUCACAGUGGUGCUCAUCUGGUAUGGUUCUACCAUCUUUCUCCACGUGAGGACCUCAGUGGAUAGCUCACUGGACCUCACCAAGGCCAUCACGGUGCUCAACACCAUUGUCACCCCAGUGCUGAACCCCUUUAUUUACACUCUGAGGAACAAGGAUGUGAAAGAGGCUCUGUGUAGGACAGUGAAGGGGAAGUGA